AUGUACAAAAGUGAGUCUAUUUUUCCAUUACUUCUACAGUAAAAAAACUAUCCAUUUGCUUUUUAAAUAUUAUUUGUCUACAGAUUAAAAUGGCUUCAGCCCUGAAGAAAAUCAGCCCCCAUCUUGAGUGUGGCAUCUGCCAAGACAGAUACGAACGGCCCAAGGUGCUCAAUUGCCAGCACAGUUUCUGCGAGAAAUGUCUGGAGCAAUACUACACUAGCAGGUAUGGAGGUGAAUCAAAGAUUCAUUGUCCUGUUUGUCGACGGGAGAUGGUACAUGUACUCCCAGAGACACGCAUUCAAGGACUAAAAACAAAUUUCCAUUUGAUGGGAAUAGUUGAAGAGGUCUCACUCCAAGAAAAGGUGGCCUGUUCAGAAAACACAAAGGUCAUCUGUGAGAUUUGUGAUGAGGGAAACGAGGCCAAGCAUCGUUGUCUGGAGUGUGCACAGAAUAUCUGCCCAAACUGUCACAAGACACACUUGCGAUUUGCUGCUACAUCAAACCACACAGUGGCUAUUUUAGAGGACAUUCGUCUGGGGAAGAUAACGGUGAAAAAAACACCAGAAGACGACGAGUCUAAAUGCCAAAAGCACAAGGGGGAAGUGAAACGGUUUUACUGUGAGACAUGUGAAGAGUUAAUUUGCCGAGAUUGUACUGUAGUAGACCACUGUAAACCAAAACAUCACUAUAUUGACUCUGGUGAGGCUUCUCUCAAAUACAAACAAUCACUGAAAGAUAUGUUUCCACAUUUCACCACAGAUAUCACAAGACUUGAACAAGCUUUGAACACUAUAUCACAAGCUAAGCAGACAUUUAAACAGAACGUCACAAAGACUGUCAAAGCUGUGAAAGACAAAGCAGAUAAAAUGAGAGCUGAGAUAACAACUCAAGAGGCAACAAUGAUUGAAGAAAUCAAACAAGUCCAGAAGGAUCGCAACACAACAUAUGAUGAGCAUCAGGACACACUGACAAUGAUGCUACAAAGUAAACAGCAUUCGUUGGAGACAUCUAAGGAUAUCAUUAAUACUGCAUCAGACGCUGACCUGCUUUUUCUCUACCCUAUCAUCAGCAAAGACUUGAAAUCCCUCAUCAAGAGUCAAAAUCCUCCCCAGAUUGAUCCCAAGCUUUCAUAUAUGAGCUUCACCCCGGGUCAGAAGAUUGGUGACAUCAAUCUGGGCAAGCUUGAGGUAGAAGCAGUCAAGUGGGAAACGUGUCAAGAAAUUGGUGAAGAGGGAAGCGGUCCUGGAGAGUUUCAAUGGGCUCAAGAUAUUACUGCUAGUAGUGAGAUUGCUGUGGCAGACUACUUGAACAACCAAGUGGUCAUCUGCAGCAAUGAUGGACAACAUAAGGGAACCAUUGCCCUACAACGUAAGUCUAUUUCAUUUGCAGUCAUCCACAAUCCUGAGCAACGCUGGCUUGUGUUGGAUGGAAGCGAGUACGUCAAGGUGUUCAACAUGAAGGACAACACUCUUGCCUUCAAAUUCCCAACGGUGCCAAAGCAUCAGGUUGGCAAGACACAAGUGAACCUACAGAGUGCAGCAGUCAAGGUGGGAACCGUCUUAGUGGGUGAUGUGGAGAGGAUGGUAUGGACUGAGCACAGCCUCACUGAUGGUGAGAUCCUACACACCAUAACAGUGCAGACUCCACCUCACUACCUGGCUGUUGAUAAGGACACUGAUAGAGUCAUGAUCAGCGGAGGUGACUCACAGAAAAUGGAAGUUGCAGAUAACAAAGGUAACACACUCUCCACCACCAAACCAACCAUCUUUGGUAAGCCAGUGGUCUGCCAGGGUGUAUGCUGUGACAGCUCAGGCAUCUACCUUGCAAUGAGCAAACGUGGGCUAAGCACUGGUCAUAUCCACCACUACGACCUAGAUGGCAGGUUUGUUGAUUGUCUGGCUCGGCAUUUGUACUACCCACGUGGAAUCACAUUCACAUCAGACCAGAAGCUGGCAGUUGCUGACUGCCACUCAAUCAAAAUGUACCACAAGGUAUGAUGUCAUCCAACACGACAAUGACUCGCAAUCAUCAUCAUCUCAACAGCAAAUGUUGAGGAUGAAAUUGUUGAGUUAUUACAACAUCAAUCAACAUUCGUGUCCCACUUAUUGCACAUCUCUCCUCAAAAAUCACAAACUCAAACUGCCAGUUCCUCCAAUGAGAACCAUUUUAAUUUGAGUAUGCAAAUUCUUAACCAAUUC